GGAUUGGUGACACUGUGGGCUGUUCUUCCUUGCCUUAUCAUCGUCACAUCACAUGUAAGGCCUCUCUCUCUCUCUCUCUCUCUCUCGAUUCAUCCAGCUUCUUCUUCUUCUUCUUCCAGCGACAAACCCAAUUCUCCAUCAAUGCUGACCGCUCCUAUUCUCUCCCCUUCGCCGCCCUCCUCCUCCACCGCCGCCGCAUUUCCAAUCGUUACCUCCCGUUCUGCCACAUACGCAAUCCCGAUCCCCUUCACCAAAUCCAGAAGAAUUCGAAACCUCCCUGUGCGGGUGCAAAUCGCAUCAUCCUCGUCGCCGCCGAUGAUUGAGAAGGAAACGCCGGAGAGCCAGCGGCCGCACACGUUCCUGCGGGAAGCCUCGGAUUCCGCCACUUCGGCGAGGGCUCGGUUCGAGAAGAUGAUAAGAGACGCUCAGGACAGUGUCUGCGCCGCCAUUGAAGCGGUCGACCAGGGCGGCAAGUUCAAAGAGGACGUCUGGUCGAGGCCUGGCGGCGGCGGAGGGAUUAGUAGGGUUUUGCAGGAUGGCGCGGUCUGGGAGAAGGCCGGCGUCAAUGUCUCGGUGGUUUACGGCCUCAUGCCUCCGGAAGCUUAUCGCGCCGCUAACCCUACAAGUGCCGGUGCCGACGAGUCCACCAAACCUGGCCCUGUUCCUUUCUUCGCUGCUGGUAUCAGCUCGGUUUUACAUCCAAAGAACCCUUUUGCCCCAACAUUGCAUUUUAAUUAUCGCUAUUUUGAGACUGAUGCCCCUAAAGAUGCAACAGGAGCACCGAGACAGUGGUGGUUUGGUGGCGGCACUGAUUUGACACCUUCAUACAUCUUCGAAGAGGAUGUCAAGCAUUUCCAUUCGGUUCAAAAAUUGGCAUGCGACAAAUUUGAUCCUAGCUUUUACCCUCGUUUCAAGAAAUGGUGUGAUGAUUAUUUCUACAUCAAGCACCGGGGUGAGAGGCGAGGGCUUGGUGGAAUAUUCUUUGAUGAUCUUAAUAAUUAUGAUCAGGAAAUGCUUCUUUCCUUUGCCACUGAAUGUGCAAAUUCUGUGAUUCCUGCAUACAUACCCAUAAUAGAGAAGAGAAAAGAUACGCCUUUUACAGAGCAGCACAAGGCAUGGCAGCAAUUAAGGAGGGGGCGCUAUGUUGAAUUCAACUUGGUUUAUGAUCGGGGAACAACAUUUGGCCUCAAGACAGGAGGUAGAAUUGAGAGUAUUCUAGUGUCUCUUCCACUAACCGCACGGUGGGAAUAUGACCACCAACCUGAAGAAGGGAGUGAGGAAUGGAAGCUACUGGAUGCUUGCAUCAAUCCGAAGGAAUGGAUCUCUAAUAAUUAACUAUCAUUAAUGUUUCCUUUGUAUCUUCCUUUUUUUUUUUUUUAAAGUUUUUUUGUUUUUCUUUUUCCUCCCCUUGGAUCUGUUGUAAAUUGUAUGGAUUGCUGUCCUGACUCUUGAGAGCAAGGGCAGUGUGGAUCAGUGCCUUGGAGAUCACUCUUGUCAAAUUUUGUACAACAGUGGUAAUGUAUUUAGUUGAAUGAUAACAUUGUUAUUUUUCAUUGUA